AGGGGUUAUUUGGGAGGGAACCUGUUAGCUGUUAGCUGUUGAACUGGACGCAGUCAGUCAGUCGGCUGAGUUUGAGUGACGUCAGGAGCAGCAUGGCGGCCAAGGUUCAGUCUACCAAAAGGGCCGACCCCAACGAGCUCAAGCUCAUCUUCCAGAAGUAUGCCAGUGUUGAGGAUAAGGAUGGCGAGCGCUUCAUGAGCCCCAUUGAUUUUGUGCAGAAGUAUUUGGGUCUCCACACUCAGAUUCACCACAACCCCAAAACUGUGCAGCUGCUGGCUGGAGUGGCAGAUACUACUAAGGAUGGACUCAUUUCAUUCCAGGAGUUUUUGGCCUUCGAGUCCAUACUGUGUGUUCCGGACGCCCUCUUCAUUGUGGCCUUCCAGCUGUUUGACAAGACUGGAACUGGAGACAUUUCCUUCGAAAAUGUACGUGACAUCUUUAGCCAGACGACGGUGCACCACCACAUCCCCUUUAACUGGGACUGUGAGUUCAUUCGCCUUCACUUUGGCCACGACCGGACCAAACGCCUCAGUUACCUGGAGUUCACCCAGUUCCUCCAGGAGCUGCAGUUGGAACAUGCACGGCAGGCGUUUGCGCAGAAGGACAAAGCCAAAUCUGGGAUGAUCUCCGCUAUAGACUUCAGUGACAUCAUGUCGACUAUCAGGCACCACAUGCUGACUUCGUUUGUGGAGGAGAACCUGGUCUCGGCAGCAGGUGGCGGUACCUCUCACAUGGUGAGCUUCUCGUACUUCAACGCCUUCAACUCUCUGCUCAACAACAUGGAGCUCAUCCGCAAGAUCUACAGCACACUCGCCGGAAGCCGCAAAGAUACCCUCCUUACUAAAGAGGAGUUUGUCCACGCUGCUAAUAAAUUCGGUCAGAUCACUCCUAUGGAGAUCGACAUCCUGUACCAGCUCGCUGGCCUUCACUCCCAAACCGGGCGUUUGAACCUGUCUGAUAUUGAACGGAUAGCUCCGCUGGAGGAAGGAGCUCUGCCCUAUCACCUGGCAGAGGCACAGAAACAGAUGCACGGUGAUACUUCUCGUCCUGUGUGGUUGCAAGCUGCUGAGUCGGCUUAUCGUUUCACCCUGGGCUCCAUCGCUGGAGCGACGGGUGCGACAGCGGUGUACCCUAUAGACCUGGUGAAGACGAGAAUGCAGAACCAGCGCUCCACCGGCUCGUUCGUUGGUGAGCUCAUGUACAAGAACAGCUACGACUGCGCCAAGAAAGUUCUGCGCUACGAGGGAUUUUUCGGCUUCUACAGAGGUCUUGUACCUCAGCUGAUUGGAGUGGCUCCUGAGAAGGCCAUCAAACUCACUAUGAACGACUUUAUGAGGGACAAGUUCUCAGAUAAAGAUGGUUCCAUCCCUCUUGCUGCUGAGAUCCUUGCUGGUGGCUGUGCUGGUGCAUCUCAGGUGAUUUUCACCAACCCCUUGGAGAUCGUGAAGAUCCGUCUCCAGGUCGCUGGAGAGAUCACUACGGGCCCCAGAGUGAGCGCGCUCAGUGUGAUCCGAGACCUGGGCUUCUUCGGCCUCUACAAGGGUGCAAAGGCUUGUUUCCUGCGUGACAUCCCCUUCUCAGCCAUCUACUUCCCAGUGUACGCUCACACUAAAGCCGCGUUCGCUGAUGAAGACGGCCGACUCGGGGCCCUGCAGCUGCUCACCGCCGGAGCCAUCGCAGGAGUUCCUGCUGCCUCGUUGGUCACCCCUGCCGACGUGAUCAAAACACGGCUGCAGGUGGCGGCUCGUGCGGGUCAGACCACCUACAACGGGGUUAUCGACUGCUUCCGCAAGAUCUGGAGAGAGGAGGGCUUCAGGGCUUUCUGGAAAGGAGCCGGAGCUCGUGUGUGCCGCUCGUCUCCUCAGUUCGCCGUGACCCUGUUGACCUACGAGCUGCUGCAGAGGUGGUUCUACGUCGACUUUGGAGGACAUCGUCCAUCGGGCUCUGAGCCGACACCCAAGUCUCGGAUCUCCGAGCUCCCUCCGGUGAACGCCGAGCACGUCGGGGGCUACCGUCUCGCCGCCGCUACGUUCGCCGGCGUGGAGAGCAAGUUCGGACUCCACCUCCCGAAAUUCAAAUCGUCCGGAGUGGCCCGCUAAGGGAGGCGCUGCGUGUGUACAGGCUCCACCCCGCGGCGGCGGUACGCUCCAUUCUUCAGCCUGCUUGACUUCUGAUUUUAGUUUCGGUGCGACGGUGGUGAUGGCGGUGUGCGGUGAGGGAGACGCUCGGUUCCAUUUACCGCCGGCAGUUCUUCAUCGGUGCCUCCUCUGUUACUGACUGAACGUUACUGAUCACAGCACAUGGGCAGCUGCAGCCCUUUUAUCUGAUCAUUUUAGCCAGAGAGCCCCCCCCCCUCCCCUCUCCCCAAAACAGAGUGGACUCGGAUAGAGAACGGGACAGCAGGUGAGGGACAAGGUUGCCAGGUUGUUGAAUUAAUCCUGGGUUUGAUUUGACUUGAUGGUUGAUUUUUGUUUCAUGCUUUCAAAUCCUGAUUGAUUGUGAAGGAUGUUCAACCUGGCAACCCUGUCACUGCACUAUACAGUACUGUAAAUACCUACGCACUGAGCUAAUACCUACGCGCAGUGUAAAUGACUGAUGUAAACACAUUCUAACCAUUUUAACCCUUUAAUGCACCUUUGUCUGGAAAUAAAUGAAUAGUAUUUAGUCGUUCUUUAAAAUCAUUAAAGUAAUAUUUCUGCGACUUUUUUCUUACUGACCUGAUCUGUCUGUACAAUAGAGGGCAUUAACCAUUUACAUUCCAUACACACAUAAUAGAGAUGGAUCUCUGUUACACUAACCCACCACUACUACUAAGAUCCAGGUUUGAAUCUCAAUUGAUGAAAUAACAUGAAAAAAUCUAAUUUAGCUACGUGUUUGUUAGGGCUGAUUUGAAAUCCUGAGUGUGGUGGGAUUAUGCAUUUGAAUCUGGCAACCUUGUAAAUGCACCAUGCUGUAGUAAUAAAUAUUCAGGACUUAAAAUGUAAUGUUAAAGACCAAUAUUCCAGGACCGCUCAGGUGGCGCAGCGGUAAAAACACACGCUGGAACCAGAGCUGGGAUCUCGAAUACAUCGUAUCGAAUCUCAGCUCUGCCUGCCGGCUAAGGCUGAGCGGCCACACGAACAACGAUUGGCCUGUUGUUCAGAUAUGGGCGGGACUAAGCCGGAUGGGGUCUCUCUCUCAUGACUGGUGCAAUUACGACCUCGGCUGGCUGAUUGAUGGCGCCUGCACAGAGAUGAGAAAAGAGUGCUGUCAGGGUGCGUCUCUCCGUACACAGUGCUGAGCUGCAUUGCACUCGUCAAAGUGUAGUUGAUAAGAUGCAUACGGCUGCUGCCCACGUGUCGGAGGGGGCGUGGGUUAGCUUCGUUCUCCUCAAUCAGAGCGGGGUUUGGCAUUGGUGGAGAGGAAGCAUGACACAAUCGGGCAAUUGGACACGUUAAAGUCGGGAGAAAAUGCAUAAAUAAAAAAUAUUAAAAAGGUUUGUCACAGAUUAAAGGUGCAACCAGUUUUUUUUAAGUAUGUUCACUGCUGAUCAGCCCUCACCAUGGCAGUAAAGGACAUUUACCAUUUUAACACUCCAUAUCUAUGACUGAACAGGAAUGUUCUUCACCCUACCUCCACAAAUCCUAUUUUGUGAUAUUUUGUUGUUUUUUUUGGAAUGCGGUCCUGAUGCAAAUGCUUGCAGUUUAGUCCAUAGUUGGUCAUAGUUAUUCCUGCGUAGUAAAGAGCACCUUUCCAAUCUCCCAACCUUGUCACUGCACCACUUCGUACUAUUAAAAAUUAAUAAUAAAAAUGAGUAAGCCUCUGUGCUGAUGAAGAUUUUUCUAACACCUCCAUCGCUGAUUACAUCGCUGAAACACCUUUCUCAGAUGCCCUAAAUUCAGCUUUAACUUGAAUAUUGAAGGUGCCCUGAGCAAUAUUUAGUAGCUGAACUGCGUCUAUCUGGCAACCUUGUCACAGCACCAUGUUGUACUGUAAAAUAAUAUUUUUAAAAGGUUUUCCGGCGCCCAGGUGGCACAGCGGCGAGAUUCUGAACUCCUCGGUUGGGCGCCAUCUAGCGGGCAUAAUUGGCAGUGCCUGCAGCAGACACGUUUCUGCUAGGCCGGGAUGACCCGACUAUGUGGGUGGGGUCUUCAAACGCUGUGUAAGGACCCUGAUGAGCAGAUAGAGAGGCGCCUGUGCAGAAUGCAUAGGUGAGAAAGGGUUCCGCUGAUGGCUGCACACGGGUCGGAGGAGGCGUGAGCGGCAAUAUACCCUCCUCGACUGCAAUCAGGGAUCCACCAGCAGCGGAAGACAAAUUGAUUACACUAAAUUGGGAGAAAUAAAUGGGAGAAAAUGCAGAAAUAAAAUAGAAAAAAAAAGCUUCACACAGUGGUCACAUCCUUUGUGUUUGGCAGCCUUCUCACUGCACCAUACUUUACUGUAACAGUACUACACAGUGCUACGUAUCUCUGUUUAUUCAUUUCUAAAGAUACAGCCAGUUUCAAAGAACAGUAUCAAUCUGACCGCCUUGUCCCUGCACCCGGCUCUGUCUUGAUGUACAAAACCACUAAUCGAAGGAAUGAAAUAAAAAAUGUGAAACGUCAGGCCAGUUUUCCUCACUCCAUCAUUCCUCGACUGGUUCUGCUGCCAGUCCUGAUAAAAUAACCGGAAUUAAUGUGGCGUCCCCUCUGGUGGACGUCGGAAGGUGUGUUGGCUCAGUUGUAGUGAUUGCUCGUGUUCUCCUGUCCCGCUGUAUCUGAGUCGACCCUGCUGGCGUGCACAUGCUUUCCUUUCUUCUCACUGUUAUUAUUAUCUUAUCAUUUCACUGGUGGUGGCAAAUUCCCUGCUUUUCCUCUCCCCUGUCCUGAAGCAUGCGUCGCCCCACCUCCCAUGAUGCUUUGCGUAGCUUGCACACAUCCUGUACAUAGUGACCCAUGUGUAUUUGCACACCGUGCAGUCGUCUCCGUCUCGGCUCUGUAAUGCUGCAGCGUGCAGCGAGGUUCCAGACCCGAGUCGCCCCAGUAAUCACGACUGAGCUGAUGAUGAUGAGUAGGAAAUAAUUUAAUGCGUUUCAUUCUUCUGUUGUAUUUUAUGGAAAUAAAUCAUUAACUUUUAAACUCA